AUGCUCUGUCAGCGCCAGACACACCUCAAAGUGCUAAGCGAGAACGCCAGUCUCACUUGGGAUCUAGGCGAGCUGCUCCUUGCUUUCCCGGUGGAAGCAAGUGCGCACUGCGGCUUGCAACUGCCUGCCUUGUGCGACGGAAUUGUCUCCGGCCGGCCCCUGCCCGAGGUGAAUGAGUUGAGGUGGGAGUCCCGGGGGGUCAUUAUCAGUUUAUGUGUAGACUCUUCCAAAUGGAAGGUCCAAGUCGUUCUGUACCUUCCCACAGCAUCGGCAGAGAGGCUCCCCGAAUUCCAAUGGCUUCCCUCAAUUUCCUCCAUAUCCACACGUCAUUGCCAUCGUUCCACUCUCUUGCGGCUUUCUAUGUCAAACGCACUGGACCUAGCAUCACCAAAAGCAAUUAUACAAGACACUCGCCUCGACUCGACCUACUCCGUACCGCUACAAUUGCGGCUUGCCUGUCUCGACUGGCGACCUCGCCAAGAUGCCCUCCGCUGCAAGGGACCCCUUCAAUUUGUCAACCUGAUACAUGCAGCCUCAACGGGCGUCGGUAGCAUGCACCCAGCACGCUGCCCACCAGCCUGCUUUGCUGCCCUUCAUUGUGUCCAGCCCACAGAGUACAGAUACGCAUACGCAUACACAGUACUCGGAAUUCGAGCCUCGAGACUCGAGAGACGUCGUCAGCUGCAAGCCCAAGCAUGCUGGUCCGAGUAUCAGCUUCGCGGCUUCGCCGUUGCUUCUUACAAUGCUACCGUCACUUCUGCCUCCCAAUCCUCACAUCCAAGCCAGGUCUUCCUCGAUUUCGGCAAGCCUGAGCCGAGACUGACAACCUCGCCACAUCGUGAAGCUUUGCGUCAAAAAGGCCAGCACCGCGGGAACCAAACCUUCUGUCACCAAACUCGACUGAUGAUCUGCUGUCCCGUCCGGGGUAUGGAGUACCGACAUCGUAGUUCUCGGUCUUCCAAUCCCGAACUCUUCUCUUCCGUUGUGUCUGUUGUUGCGCCGCAACACGCAAUGCCUUCCUCUCGCCCGCUCAAACCGUUCGCUCCUGUUCGCGGCAAUUGUCGUAUGAGGGAUGCUUUAUUCCGUUCUUUGACGUUGACGGAACCUACGGAGUACUGCACGCCCAUCCAUGAUCUCAGAUGCUCUAUUCCGGCUUUCACUUCGCCUCGUUCCGCUGCCAACACAUACAUACGGAGUACGACCUGCAUAAUAGCUGCAGCAGCUCCAAUAAAGCCUGUUCGGCCGAGUUGCGGGUCGAAUCCUCUGCUCACUCACACUGGCAGUCUGGCACUGCUUAGACGCCCGCAAAGUCAGGGCCGCGCUGCGAUCGUUCCAAAGCUUGCCCAUUGGCCCAGAGCCGGAUCCUGGAAUUACAUCCCCUCCCCAACGCGUUUCGAACUAGCACUGCACAAAUACAAUAUACGAACCCGAUGCCGGAACCGAACUUGCGGCACACCCAAGUGCACCACGCCCUCCCGAGUCCCUCCUAGGACUCUAGGAGAGUUGCUCGGAGCCGACUUGCGAGCUUCCCACCACAACGGACCGCAUCUGGACCCCACCAACACUGAAUCUGAGGGGGCUUUCUUUCAAGGCCUUGCUGUUUUCGAGGUAUUACCUCGUGCAGCACAAGGAUGCCCCUUCGUCAACGGCACGCGUCCCUUGAAGCCGGCUGGCCUAACUGGUGGUGCUGGAGAGAUAACACCGAACGAGGCCUGGCCAAGAUCUUGGAAGCCGUGUUCCUUGUCCCGCUUUGCAGGAAAAAGCAGCUCUGGCCGAUCCGGCAGCGACAAAAUUGUCUCAGGCUCUCAGCAGCGCGGUCGAGACUCCUAUUUCCUACUAAUCACUAAGCCGCAACUUUGGCAUCCAUUGGUGGCCAUUGAUGCCACCGAAAUCAGACGCGCUUUGGAAGGCUCGGGGAAAUAUCGAUUGCCAGAGACCAGAUCGGGCCCUUCACACAAUCCCACGAUCUGUCUUAACAAAGGUCAGCUAAUGUACGGAGCCGACCUACCUUAUUUUUCCUCGGGAACAGCCAGACGGUCAUGGAACCCCGUCCGUCCACAGAACCAACCAAAGAGGCGGUGCCGGAUAGUCGGACUAGAAGCUCGCAGUGGCCAGCGCUCUCUAGAGACAGAAACAGUUGAGGCCGAAAUUAGCAUACUGACUUUGCCUGCAUGCACAGCCUUUAUCGCGGGGCAAAUCUGGAGCCCGAAGAAGCGCGAGAAUUCGUCGCAAAAGCUCUCGGCGGAUAAAAGGGAAGAAUGGAUUCUCUUGCAACCAUACGCUCCCUGGAACCUGCGAUGGGCACCCUGCGACCUACCUCUCUCGGAGGCUCAGGGGCUUGUCACGCGUGGGAUGCGGCUAUUGUUCUUCCCGUCUUCACCAAGUAUCAAUCAAUCAACAAGACCGGCUUGUCAUAUGGUACACGCUCACGCUCCGCAACUGGAUCCGAACGAUGAAUCUGUCUGGAACAAGGACGUCUCUCUACGGGCACGCCCUAGGGGCGAGAACGUAGGACGACCCGGCACAAGGCCUGAGCCUGAGGCGCUCGCAAGAUAUCCAGGGAAGGGUUUAGUGACUGAACGUGAGGAUCAUGUCACAGUCCGAGAUGCGUUGGCACCAAGGUUGGACCUGUCAAUGGUCUGUGAGAGAGAUUUUGCCUACUCUCAGACGGGGUGGGAAAUGAUCAGCGCGACCACCACCACCACGAGACGCUCCGAGAUUUGGACAGGCCCUGGCAACGAUCGGAUAACAGAUGCCGCGAAGCGCAUGUUGUAUGAGUACAGAUUGCCGUAUCGCGCAUUUCGCGGCGCGCGCGCACGCGGUAGGCGCGGAUUCUUACUUUACCACAACGACACCAAAACCAAAAACAUCAUUCGCCUCAACCGCCACCGCGGCGCCCCAAACACAAUCGCGCAAGUGAUCAAGGUGGUCAACACGAAGUUUUUCCAGGCCCUGGAAAUGAAGAUACUCCAGGCGUGGCUUUCACUGGCUGCGCAUCUCCCGACCUUGACAGGCUCCUGCUCAGUUACCUCGAAUCGGCUUCCACAACUGGCCUUACAGAUGGGGUACCUUACCACCUUACCUCAUCCAUGCCAUAUCCACUCCUUCCACUUCAUCUUGGCCUUCCAUCCUCCAACCCUGGAAGACGAUUUGCAGUCUUGCGAUGGCUCGGCCGGCUUUCUGCACAAUCACAUUCGGACGGCGGGGACAGCUCGUGCUAGAGGAAGCUUGAUUUCUGGAGACAAGUCCGCUAUAGACAUGCCGUGUAGUUUUGGAAGUGUCUCUGGCCGGGAACGCUUGAAGCCGUUCGUUCCUCCAAGCCAAGCAAUGAAGGCAGGGCAGGGUCAGCUACCUGGUCCUCACGUCUCCUUUACACUUCACGUUGGGGAUUUGGGGUGCCUCGAGUUUGGACUAUUGCCUUUGGAUGCCUAUCCGCCACAAGAUAAUAACGUGUAUCUGUGCGUGACUAGCUUGCUUGGUACUAGGUAUUCGCACAGCUGCCCAAGCAAGCUACCGACGGCACUUACUGUGUAUUGUCGUCCAUCUUAUUCGGUUGUUGACUACUUGUGGGAAGUAUUCGGGAUCUUGGACAAGAACUACACGCCCGAAGGCAGCAAACGUCAAGACAUCAAGAUUCCCGACGCAAAAGCAAUGAACAAAUUUUCCGGACUCCACCUCAGCGCUAAUUCGGCACAGGCGAUGGCAACCUUGCAGGUCGUUGCAUGUCUGCAUUGCACGCUAGAACCAGAGACACCCGCUUACGCCAGGGUUGCUAAGAAGCGUAUCCUCAACAACGUACCGAGAACAAGAGGCGACGGGAUCAUAUGGAGCUGCCCGUCUACCGCCCAUUUUUACUGUAUGACUAUGCAGCAACAAUUUCCAGGCUUCCUCAUGCCCAGCUACAGAUUUUCAGCAAUGUGGCAAGGGUACCCGGCACGCCGAUCCAUCGUCCAGCUUCGUUCUAGGCCCAGCGAUGCCCCUCAGCCCGGCGACAUGUCUCUAGCGGCCUGGCGCAUGGCCGGGGUUUUUGACCAGUGGCAGUCUGCUGCUAGUGCUCCGUCUCAGCUGCCGUUUUUCUGCUCUCGAAUGUCUUUUUUUCUGCCCAGAGUCUCGAUGACCGCUGCAUCGGCGUCCCACUUACUGGGGAGUCGGGAUGGUGGUACCUUUCCGUGCCUCUCUCAAAGACUCGAUCCUCCAUCUAUCCGUAGGCAAUUACACUACCUACCGGGACUCGGGACGCCUGCUUUACACUGCACCGGCGGCUCUUGGGUGUAUCUCUCGGCUAUCGAACGCCCUCUGUUCAUCGGCAUCCCACCGCGGUUUCUCUUUGUUAAUUUCGCCUUGUUUGGGCCGUUUAUCGGACAGCAUCUCAGCUACGGAAACGCCUCCGAGGCCGCGAAGAGGUACCUACUUACAUCUCCCCCACCACAGCUGCAGCAACAGCAGCAGCCAGCUACUCCAUCCGUCACGGAACGGAUACAAGCAAGUCUUCUUCACCUUAGCCCACCCCCCCCCCCCCUUCUUCGAUACCAGCACCCUACACGAAUACCGGGUUACCUGCGUUCGCCGUACUUCUAUGCCACUCAACCUGAGGAGAAUCGCAUGCCGGCGUAUCCUCACCCUACCCUACCUGGACCCGACCUCCCACCUCCAAUCUCUCCAAUUGAAUGGCCUAGAACGACGGCCGUGGAAGGGGGGUGGAUCACCAAAUCAUCACUAAACACACCACCACGACCGUCUUUCGACUGGCCUACCUUACUCAACCUUCCAAACUUCCCGUCCCGUCCACCACGAACCAGCCCAGACCAGGCCAGGCCUGACAAGGGCACUGUGUCCCUGCACGAGAACGAGAAGCGGCAGCAGUACCCCGUCUCGAGCUUCUCCCGGGAUUCGACGGUCAGGAACGACAGAGCAGCUUCAGACUUGAGAGACAGAGAGGGCCACGGCGCCAGUCUCACGGUUCACCUCCAAGGUUGCCGGGCUAGAAGAAGAUACCUUGCCAAAGCAAGCAAACCCUUCCUCACCUUAUUACCUUCUCCGUGCCGUCUUCACUCUCCGUCCCUACAUUACUCUAUACCUUGCCUUGCCUUGCCUUACCUUGCCUCGGACGAGGCACUGGACCAUACGGCACCCGUACCGCUCUGCACCACACACCCCCAACGCCCCGGGGAAGCUUGGAUCAUUCAUUCAUUGCAACUAUCAAAUUUGGUCUCUUUUUUCCCAAUCCCAUCUAACCCCCUUCUCCUCUCUUUCCCUUCCAUUCUCAUUCACGAACUCCCAUCUUCUUCUUCUUCUUGGAGCUUCAUCUUCUUCCAUUGGCGACGGAUCCAGGGCCGCUUCUUGAGUAACAUCGGCUACGACCUGCCCGGCAGACGGCUACCCCAUCUUUACCAGAUCUCUAUCUCCAACAACAAGAUCGACGUUGCUGCAGCUUCUGCCUCUACUCCCGUCGCUCGUUUUCGCUUUGCGCCUACGCCGCACCCCCCUCCGACCAUCACCCUCACCCGCAUUCACAGCAUAACAGAGGCAUCACUAGCCGUGCCUGGGAACGUGAAUGAGAACAACGUUGAUCAGCGCAUUGAUCUACAGAUACAGCUGUAUUUGUUGUUCUUCCCACUACCAGAAAUCGCCCGCUACGUGGGCGCGUCAAAGUCUGCACGCAGCGAAAGACACCCUCGAGCUUCGGACCACGAGGCCAGGCACUGCCGUUAUUGUUGCUGCCGCCGCUUAGCUGUGGUGUGCCGCCAAGUGUGCUUGCCUGUGCUACGUUGUGCUGUGUUUCCUCGCUUCGUUACUCACCGUCUCUCCCGCUCCCGCUGGUAA